AUUCCAUCACAGACGACGAUGGUAUGACGGCACAGAAUCUGGAUGCAUGCAUCACCGAAGCCAAUGUAUAUCUUAUUCUGGGUAGCCAUCCACUUAUCGCACAGUGUCUGUUCAUUGGCCCCCAAAAGAGCUAUAUCGAACUAGAGUUUUAUUAUGCCCAUGUGUCAUUCCCGACUUCAAGCUGUGGUCGUGUUGCGAUGCGUGCUUUGCGCCAAGCCGUGGCGAGCUAAUUAUAUAAUCAGCCAUUUGUCGGUCACGGUCCGCGCCGCGGGGACAUGCGCUACUGCUAGCUCGGCGUUUCAUGAGGCCUCCUCGCUCGCGAUCAUUCGCAAUGCAUCCCAUACUGCCAGUAUGUUCAUUAGACCUGGCGGCUACCUCACCUGGUAUAUAGGUAAUGAACCUGUCGUCCACUUCCACGUCCAUCUCGCUAUGGCGAAGCGCCCAGUAUCUGCAGGCGCUCAGAGAGGACCGAAGUCUUCACCCUCUCACGGAAUCAAGAAGCAGACUACAAACACGCGCAAAGCGAAACCACGCGAAGUCCGCAGAAGUGCGCGCCUGAAAGCUGUAUCACAAUUUGAGGGUAUCAGCAAAAGAAAGCAGCAGGAAACUGGUUUAUCGUCAGUUAGUAGAGCUUCGCGAGAUCAAGCGCAACUCGGUACUCCUAACACAACUUCCCUGAAACGAAAGAGAGGCCAGAAGGCCUCUUGUUCCUCCCUUCCCGCGCAAGAUUCGCUGCCUUCGAAACGGCCUCGAACGUCGACUCGACACACGGCAGAGGAACAGGAGAUUGAAAAGCACUCUAGCGAAACUGUUGCCGACCCGGUCCAGAGCUGGGUCCUGAACAAGACGUGGCCCCCUGAGUACUUCGAACCAGACGAACAGGCGCAAGAAGAGCUUUCUGACCACGAUAGUUGGCUAGAAGAGAUGAUGGCACAGUCACCUAUUCCGGUCGUCCAAUAUGUGGAAAGGAACGGCUUCAGAUAUCCACUACCUGUGAAGAGAGCUCCUGCAUCGCUCCGACGAAAGCAAUCAGAUUCGAGCCUGGCUGGGUCUAGUGAGAAGAACAGGGAAAGCAAAAGCGCGUCAUAUCGAGACGCGCGUUACACUACGAUGCUUGAAACCAAAGGAAGUUUCUUACGCGACUUCGACCACAAUAUCCCUCAAGCUAUCUUGGACAUCUGCCAGCGCCUGCUCGCUAGAGACCCGAUUAUACCUCAAAAUUCCUUGUUCUGCGAUGACCUUUUUGGAAAACUUUGCUGGAAGAUACAAGAAAGGAACGAAGCGAUGGUAAUCCAAGACGUGACCCGUUUGAUUGUUCCAUCGGCGAUGAAUCUGGCAAUCUACGGUGACACACAUCUCGACUCCUUGAUAGAAAGUGUGAAUGAAGCCUGGGUAGGCAGUAUUCCAGUGGAGGGUCCCAGGCCGCAACCGGACUAUGCCGUUGGGUUCGGCCGAUCCGCGUUCACGACCGAACAGCUGAAAAGGCUCGGUCCACUUGUUGGCAGCGUCUUCGAUACCUCAUACUUUGUUGCAACCUACCGGAUGUAUUUUCCGUUUCUCACCUGCGAAGUCAAGUGCGGUGCUGCGGCACUUGACAUUGCCGACCGACAGAAUGCCCACAGCAUGACAAUCGCCGUGAGGAGCAUCGUCGAGCUCUACAGAGCUGUGAAGCGAGAAAAAGAGCUUGACCGGGAGAUCCUCGCCUUUUCUAUCUCGCACGAUCAACGAUUGGUUCGUAUCUACGGCCACUAUCCUGUCAUCGAUGGAGACAAAGUCACGUUCUACCGGCAUCCUAUCCAUGAAUUCAGCUUCACGGCACUAGAAGGAAAGGAUAAGUGGACAGCUUACAAGUUCACCAAAAACGUCUACGAUGUCUGGAUGCCGACACACCUCAAACGAAUCUGCUCAGCUGUCGACCAACUGCCAUCAAGUCUUGACUUUCAAGUUUCUGACGAGCCUGGAGCGCAACCCGAGGAGGCCACUGGUCCAUCACAAGCCAUGGGGAGCCUUCUUUCAGACCCAGAUAAUAUCGACCUUGCUUCACAAGAAGAUGAGCCGAAUCCGUUUCCGCAAACAGCCACCCCAGACACCUCGGUCUCCAAAGGCGUAGGCCAAGGGAAGGUAAAGAGGGCGAAGACAACUCGCGUUCCAAAAGAGCCGACAGGCGGGCGAAAGAAGCGACGAGGCUUCGAAUAAGUGGUGGAAGGCGGCUGAGUAAGACUGCAUUUGUUAUACAGGUGUCGUAUCCAAACAGCUACAAGCUAGCCACGUCGCUCACACCUACCUCUGUCGUCUGAUGCUCUUGCUGAAUGCUCUCUGAUAGCCUGUUGGUUCAUAUUGCCCUACAUGGUCUGUCUUAUCAAACACUGUCCUUCCAUGCAUGUUGCCCAUGGACAUAUGCGCACUCAUGCCGAUUUGAAUAGCCGCGUAGGUAUGAUAUGCUUUCGACAGGGUCGAAGACAUCUCCCUCCUCUGCACUGUCUCGUCGUCAACAGCAUCUGCCUCCAUACUCCCGGCCGGAACAUCCAGCACCCUUCGACAGGCACGCUAGAUUAUUCCGCGACGACUUGAGUUUCCAUGGAACCACACAACGCAGCAGGGCCGUCUUCGCUUGACGACACCAUUCCACUCGAGGAAACCGUUCGGUUUCGAAAAAUACCCCGACGACGGCAACACCUCCCACCAGCGAGUCCCCAUUCUGCCCGCAUCACACCAGUUAACGAUCGAGCGAUAGGUAUUUCGGGAAAUCGUCCAGAUUCAGGAUACCGACCCUAACUGGGGCCCCAAGGUCGAAGAUAUAAGUUUCCGAGUUCAAAAAGAUGGUCAAUCCUAGGGGUUCGCAAGCAAGCGAUGGAUGGGACGUAUGGUCCUUAGGCCUUGUUGGUUUCGAACCCUUCUUCCGGCCACGUGGAGCUCGUGAAAACCCCGAUCUUUCAACCGAAAAGAUCCAUCAGCUGCGGAUUACGUAUUUAAGAGAAAGCCGUUUACCAGUCGCCCCUCUCCUUCAAAGAAUGCUAUCAUGGAACGUGGAGAGUGGCCCUUCAAUGGCAGAAGUGGCAUCCUAGGAGCUCAGAAGUUGUCCUGUCCGAUGCCCGACCAUGUGAGAGCGCUAAGGGCCAAUCGAUGAGACCGUAUAGAGACUUCGUCCCACUCCAUCACCAGUCGAACUUACUUUUAUCAUAUCAAUCUCCCCGGACAAGAACUGUUGUCCAUAACGAUGUAGGUCCCUCUAACAAUCAGCACAAUACCAGUGUCCAUCUGCUAUACUGCUUGGUCUAAUUAUUAGCCAUAACAAAGAUAAAAGAUGCUCCUUACCUCUUAG